UAUCUUUUAACGCGGCUGAGCGGAUAUUUGUAUUUACAUAACACGCGUAAUACACGCGUGACGCGCGAGUGAUGCUAGUAAUGCGGCACGAUUUAACCGGAUCGAGAGAUCCCUGAUGAUAACGUCUUCGUCGAUGUCAAUUUGUUUAAAGCAAUUCCUUCCAUUGCUCCCUGUGUCUUGUGCAUGAAGUACUUGGACACAAAGUACUUGUAGAGACUGCCGAAGUUUUAUUAAAUAUCUUGAAUCUUCUCUCUCUAAUCGUUACAUUAUCUUCUACAUAUUGUUAUAUGUCGAUUGUUAUUUGUCAAAUACCAGUUAUGUUUAUCGCAAUUGAAUACAUUGAUAUAUUUAUUGCUCUAGACAAAAUUUAUCAUAUCUGAAGUGCGAUUGAGUGCACAUUGCGAAAGUUGGCUCAGUUCAUUAGGAAUAAACAAUCUAAAGUAUACAUCACAAAUAGACCAAAAAAAAAAUAGAUCAUGGUUUGCAAAGCCGGUGACAAGACUCGAGUAUGUGUCAUUCAAUUUAAUAUGCCUUUGGAGGCAAACCAUAAACUUUGUACCAGCAACAAAUAUCCCUUAUAUGUAUCUACAUGCGUCAAGGAAGUCUACAGUUAUAUUGAAGAACACUAUGAAAUGCGACCGGAUAGCUUUAAGUUGCUUCUACACACAUCAAUUGAUAAUCAUAGUAAAUUGUUUGAUUUGUCUGAUGCAAAAGACAAAACAAUGGAACAGCUUGGAUUGGAUUUCUCAGUUGAUUUAUCUGACGUGAAACAUACUCUAUUUGUCGUUGAUCCAGUAGAACCCUUUGUUUUUGACUUAACGUCAUUAAAGGACUUUAGUCUGCCAACGUUUAAUCACACAAGUGUACCGUCCCUUCAGCCAAUAUGGACUGAGGAGAAUAUUGUUAGGAAAGAUGUUAAGGACGAUGUUGGAUAUGGUAGAGAAGAAGUUAAUUUCAGAAGUUUUAUUAAAACUGAAACAAGCUACGUCGGUUUAGUCAAUCAAGCAAUGACUUGUUACUUGAAUAGUCUUCUACAAGCUUUAUACAUGACACCAGAAUUUCGUAAUGCAUUAUACAAUUGGGAAUAUGUGGAUGGUUCAGAAAAGGAUGAAGCUCUAAGCAUACCAUAUCAAUUACAGAAAUUAUUUCUCAAUUUACAGACGUCUACAAGAUCUGCAGUAGAAACUACAUCUUUAACGAAAAGUUUUGGAUGGGAUUCUACCGAGGCAUGGCAACAACAUGAUAUUCAAGAACUUUGUAGAGUUAUGUUCGAUGCAUUGGAACAAAAAUUCAAAAAUACGGAACAAGCAGAUCUAAUCAAUAGACUUUACGAAGGAAAGAUGAUCGAUUACGUUAAAUGUCUUGAGUGUGGAACAGAGAAAUCAAGAGAAGAUACUUUUCUCGAUAUCCCAUUACCAGUUAGACCAUUUGGAAGCAAUGUUGCAUAUAAUAGUGUGGAGGAAGCAAUUAGAGCGUUUGUUCAAUAUGAAACAUUGGAAGGAGUUAAUCAGUAUCAUUGUGAAAAGUGCAAUAAGAAAUGUGAUGCGCAUAAAGGCUUGAAGUUUACGAAAUUUCCAUAUUUAUUAACAUUACAUCUCAAACGAUUUGAUUUUGAUUAUAAAACUUUCCACAGAAUCAAGCUCAAUGAUAAAGUUACGUUCCCGGAUAUAUUAAAUUUGAACUCUUUUAUCUCGUCCACAACGAGUCAAGAAUCUCCCGGUGGUGAGGAAGACAUUGGCUUAGGUAUCAAAUGCGAUGAUAGUUCUACGACAGAUAGCGGUACUUUAGAUGAUGAUUGUGCGCCAUGCGACAACAGCCUUUCCAACAGUAAUCAUUCAGCCAGUCAUGAUCAAGAUGGUGAUCAUCAAGAUGAUCAUGAUCAUCAAGAUGAUGAAGGUAUUGAUAUGAGCAACGGACCGUCGACGUCGAGUUGUGCUACGCAUAGUCAUGAGAACGAAAAGAAUCGUGGUACUUAUAUGUUGGGAAAAGGCCCAUAUAUGUAUGAACUGUUCUCAAUCAUGAUUCAUAGUGGCAGUGCGAGCGGAGGUCAUUAUUAUGCUUAUAUAAAAGAUUUCAGAACUCAAGAAUGGUUAUGUUUUAAUGACCAGAGUGUAACUCAGAUAACUCAUGACGAUAUUCAGAAAACAUAUGGCGGUGGGCCUUCAAGGGCGUAUUAUAGCGGUGCAUAUAGCAGUAGCACGAAUGCAUAUAUGCUCAUGUAUAGGCAAAUCGAUCGUGCUCGUAAUACUCUACCUAUGCAAACCCAAGAUUUUCCACAACAUAUUCAGGAAUUAUUGAAGAAGAUGAAGGAAAAUGAAGAUAAUGAUAGAAACAAUCGUGAAAAGCAAAUGUCUAUAGAUAGAAGAUUGAAAGUGUAUUGUCAUCAUCCGGUAGAAGGAAAAUUAUUAAAUAUCAAAUUAUAUGUCAUGCCUGAUAUUACUUGGGCUGAAGCAACAGAGAAAGCAUAUAAGAAAUUUGGUCUUGAAAAUGUAGUGAGUCUGGAUCAGUGUCGUUUAGUUAGCUAUGAACAUAAUACUGAUUUAAUUGAAUGUAGUUAUGAUGAUCGAGAGCAUGAACCUGUUGGAAAAAUAUGGCGUGUUUCACGUCGAUUUGAUUUAUUAUUAGAAAUUCGUCGCAAAGAUCAAAAGUUCGAAACGUAUUUACCAGGUGGAGUUGCAACUAAAGUAUUUGUCAUAGAUGUAGCUCGAGAGGAGGUAAUUGACGGUCCGAUCGAUAUCAGAGGUUUAUUGUUACAAAGUGUUAAAGAAUAUAAACAAACCGUAGGAAAAAUUAUUAAUGUGGAUCCUAAAGAAAUGAAAGUAAUAUUGCAAAAAUUUUCGGAAACUAGACCAGUGGAAAAUGAUGAUAGUGAUCUUCAUACUGAAGGAUUUUAUAACGCAAGUAAAAUAUUCAUAUCAACGAUGUAUGAUAUAGAUAAUAACAAACCUUUUCAAGAAUCAACAGUACACAGAAUCAUAGAGAAUUUUAGACAUGUUAUUUCUCUGCAUGUCCAGUUACCAGAUAUCAGUAAAGAAAGUUUGGAAUUGAAUAUCCCGUUAUUAGACGAUAAAUACGAGAAAAAGGAAAAUUCUGUUACUAGUGGUUCAUCUAAACUUUGCGUUUUUGAAUCACAUUGGGAUACCAUUUUGAAAUACAGUGAAACCUCGAAAAGUUGUACACGAAGUAGCGAGGAUUCCACCAUAUAUACGUCUUAUAAAUUUAUAAGUCCUCAGUUAGAAGAGGCUGAGGAAUGGAAUACUCCUGAACAAAGUAACAGUGAAGAUAGCAGCCUUAGUGAUAGUGAUAAAACGUUGGUCGGUGAUGCGCCGGAAGGUGUCGAUAUUGAACCGCAAUCAAUGUGGCCUAGGCGCAGCUGUUUUAAGGAUUAUAAAAUUUCAAAGAAAUUCGAAAUAGAAAACUGGGAUAUUGAUGACGAUUCCGAUUACUACUUUAGAGCUACUCCAUACGCAGAUAGUACUCAACAAAAAUUACUUAAAGUAUUAGUGGAUAAAAGAAUGAGAUUGAGCACUUUGAAGAAAGAUUUAGUACCAUUUGUAGGUGUACCUGUGGAGUAUUUUAAAAUUUUUCGUCUAUCGAGUUCUGGCGAAUCAGAAUGCAGCUGUUUGACGGAGCAGCUUAAUUCAUACGAAGAUGGUGAGAGACUUAAUGUAAAACUCGGUCGAGCUUUGCGUAACGGAGAAUUUAAAGUAAAAUUAUAUCAGCUAUUGAUCGACUCCACUGAGCCUUACAAAUUUUUAUGCGAAUGGAUUGUCUCGAAAGAUAUGACGGUUGGACAUGCGAAAAAAGAGAUAUUAGCAGAAAUAAAGAGAAAAUAUGAUAUAGAUAUACCAUAUGAAAAAUGCCGACUUAGGAAAAAGUAUUAUAAGACAGCCUCAAAGGUAUUUCUAAACGAACAGAAGUUUGCCGAUCUUCGAUUUCAUUCGCAAUUUGAAAUGAUUGUUCAAGAGCUACCAGAUAAAGAAACAGUCACAGACACUAAUCAAAUUGUCUUGUUCGUCAAGAGGUGGUUGCCAGCAAAAUUACAAUUGGGACAAUUUCAAGAAAUUGUUAUGGAUAGCAGAACCGUUGAAGAACUAAAAAAGAAACUUUCCUCAAUAUCAGAUAUUCCGGAAGAGCAUAUAGAUAUAGCAAAGGGGAAAGGUAAUUUUCCAUGUGACAAUUCUGUGCUGCGGAUCCAAAAUGAGCAUGAUUGGAACGAACAUCACGAUAGUUUAUCUUUCAAUUUUGAAGAUGGUGCCGUCUUCUUGUAUAGGGACAAUAGGGAAAAACCAAUAGAUUUAGAUCCUGGCGACGUAAUGGAAAUCGCUCUUAAGGAAAAUUCACGCUUAACACCGCUUUCUACUACUUCGAGUUACAGUCCACGUCGGGAGAGAGCACUUAAAAUAUAUUUGGAUACCGAAUGAUCGUCCAUAGAGAGAGAGCGCCAAUCUCCUAAAAAUGAGUUGCUAAAUAGACGGAUGUGUGAACACAAAACAUUUUCGCUUAAAAUGAUUAGAUAUUGGAUAUUAGCAAAAUCAUAUUUCUUCAAUGCAAUAUUUCCUCAAAUGCCAAAUGUUUUGUGUUCCAGUGAGUCUUCAGCAUUUCAAAGCUUCCGCGUUCCUAAAAGUUUUCGGCUUUUUCUCGAAACUAUUGGAUUUUUGAAAGUGUUUGGAUUCAUGAAUUGUUAUAUAGUAACACAUAAUUCGGAAUCUCGGUACUCGUACCUGAUUUCGAGAUUUCUAGACUUUAUAUGAAGUGUAAAAUAUGUCCAAUAUCACCUGGUCUGUUGAAUCAGUUUUCCAUCUAUAGAAUCGAAUUAAGCAGCACAAUUAACUGUAAAGAGAAACUAAUGAUAUAGCAAUGAGAGCAAAUUUUUUGUUUUAAUGAAAAUUCACGUGUGUGAUUUUUCAAUAAUUUGCAUGACAAUGUAACUUGUGUUCCUGUUACCUUACUAUUCUUAUGAAUUUGCUCGGGUUUUUUUUCUAUUGCAUGUAGAGAAACCUUUAUAUCAUUAUAUGUUAAAAUAUAUUUAUAAAAUAGGUAUUGUGCUCUUUGUUGGAACGGUUAUUGUCUGUCUAGUAUUAUAUAAGAACUGCACUAGUACAAAAACUAUCCUCGACAAUACUUUUGUUGUUAUUUAUCUGGCAUAUACAAUGUGAUUAACUUGUAUUUUUCUAAUAUAUCAAAUGAUUAUAAAUUUACUACUUUAUGAAACUUUAAUAAGCUUUGCCAACUAUUUUCGAAUUUAAAAUGUAUUAUAUAUAGCAUUUUAACGUGGUAAUUAUGUGAUGGCGUGUGUCAAAUUACUAAAUGUGAUCAAUUUUUUAAUAACAGAUAUAUUAUCAUAUGUACGUUUUAUUAUUUUUCACUUAACCGAAAUAUACUAAUAAUGUGCAUGAAUUCGGAAAUAGUGAUAGUUUUUUUUUUAGAAAGAAAUUUUGCGAUAGAAAAUGAUUUUUUAUGUCUCUUAUUCUUAUUACCAAUAUACAUAAAACUCGAGAGCAUUUCUGCUCAAUUUAUAUUUGAUUUCAUUUGUACUUUAAAAUAUGUACGUAUCAUCUUUGUAACAACACUUACAAAUACUGAAAAUAACUUCUUAUAGGUUCAAGAGAUGUGCACGGAAGUGUUCUGACUUGAAAGUGUGAAACAUUCAUUGCUGUAGCUGCCAAUAUUUAUUUGCUUGGAGAAGCUGCUUUCUAUUAAUUUUUUUUCUCGUAAAGAUGAAAGAUUGAUUGAAGUAGACCAAGUGGUAACUUGAUAGUUCUAUUUGUUGCAUCUUUAUUUAUUUUGUUAUCCUCUAUUAACGUUUUAUUUAUCAUUUUGGAGCUAGGCUUCACAUAUCGUUUGAUCGUUUUUAUAUAAUCGUUGAACGAAGAAAAAUAUCAAUGCUGAUACUAUCUUUUUUAACAAGGUAGAUGAAGGCAAUGAGAUACAUUUGAUCCUUUUUGUGAAUAAAUUAAUUGUAAGAUCGUGGAAUACAUCUCUCUGGACACGAAUAAACAGAUUAUAAUUUGAAACUCUUUAAUAAUCGGCGAUGAAGGUUAUUCUCUGUAUAAUACACUAAAGUUAUGAAACAAAUUAUAUUUAUAAUUAUUAACAAUGAAA